GCAGGUGAUAUUUGAGGAAAUCUUGGGGGCAAGAAAAGUAGUACUUAACAGAUCAACAAAACUAAAUGUCCUAAGCUAUAAGAUGUUGGGAAAAAUAUCUGAGAAACUGAGAACAUACGAGAAUGAUCCAAUGGUUAAGCUUGUUGUUCUAAAGGCAAAUGGCAAAGUAUUUUGUGUUGGUGGUGAUCUCGUAUCUGCUUCUAAAUUUGUAGCUUACGGACAUUGGAGUUUCGGAACGAGCUAUUAUAGGAAAGAAUUUUGUUUGGACUACCUACUUGCAACAUAUAAGAAGCCAAUGGUUGCAAUUCUAGAUGGAAGUGUUAUGGGAGGAGGUGUUGGAAUAUCGAUACAUUCAACAUUUAGAAUUGUUACUGAGAAUACGAUAUUCGCCAUGCCCGAAGCAUCAAUUGGAUUGUUUCCUGACGUUGGUGCAUCUUAUUUUCUAUCGCGACUUCCUGGAUCUUUUGGAGAAUAUAUUGGAUUAACGGGUGCUCGAUUAGAUGGAGCAGAGAUGGUUGCCAUGGGGCUUGCAACUCAUUUUGUCCCAUCUCAGAAUAUACAAGCAAUGGAGAAGGCUCUCGAAAAAAUGGUUGCUUCAUCAGAUGCAACAAGUGUAACAACAAUGUCCAUGAUUAUUAACAAGUUUGCACAAGAAGUAAAGGUCAAGCCAGAGAGUGUUAUUACUAGGUACACAAAUAUUUCUUCAUCAAAAUGUGCCAAUUGGGACCAAUUGGGACUAAUUUACUUAAUAUUUAUGGAUUUUGAUUAUGCUAUACAUGGAUAAAUGCAAGAG